CGUCUUCCCAGACAUUCUUUCAUUUUACACACAUUUACAUUCCGUCUUCAGCUCCCUCAUUCUUUUAUUUUUUACCUCCUUUCCCCUUUCAUUCAUUUCCCCAUUUUUUUCAUUUUUUCACCAUUUGUUUGUCUGCCUGCCCGACAAUUUUAUUUUUGUGCAAUACUAAGUAAAACACUACUAAAAUUGGCCGAGGUCGGGGUCUUGCCAAGCACGAGGUCUUUCUCGAGGUCUCGAGUUUCGAUCAUGACUAGUUUCGGAGUCUCGUUCCUCACUUGAAACCUUACCGAGACCUAGUCUCGUGUCCAAAUUUGCCCUCGAUCUCGACCUCGAUUUUUUUCAAAAACCUCGCCCAUCUCUAACUAUUACUCCCUUCGUUUUUCUUCUUCUCAUAUUUCUUCCGUAUUUUUUAAAAGUACAAAUGUAUUUAUAUAUUGAAGUUGAUUUUUGCUUUUCUUUUUUUGCCUCUUUUCAUUUUUCUAAAAAAUUUCUUUUUUCUCUUCGUCAAAUUAAAAUUGAAAGGAAUGCACUUUUACUUUUUUUUCUGAACAAUAGUUAUUUUUAUAUUAUUUGCUUAAUAUAUUAA